GAUUAAAGGCGUGCGCCACCAGUGCCCGGCGCUGUGUGAUUUUGAGACAAGUUAUGUACUGUUUUGGAGUCUGACUUAUUUUCUCUAAAGAGUUCUGAAGAUAAUGCCUUGCUCACUUACAGAUUUGGCCAGAAUAUGAAGUACUCUGUGUCUUUCCAUUUCUUCAGUUGAUAAAAAAUGAUUUUACUUUUUCAUGUUAGUGGAAGAGGCAGUGUGUGCUCUGAACCUCACAUUGUCACCCCACACGUAACCUAAAGAUCUCCACCCAGGCCCCACUGGGUGACCCAGUCUCACCAGCUGCCUUUAUCCCCCCCAUAGAAAUGUUCUCAGCCUCCUCUCGAGGGCAGUUGCUGAGACUUCCACUGCUAGAAGGUGAUUUCAUCUCUUUCCUUGGUGGUUCCUGACUCCUUUGUGGGUACACCAUUAGUUCAGCCUGUCACCUGAGAGCACACCCCUAACUGCCUUACCAUCAGGAAGCCUUCCCAGUUUCAGCUCACUGCUUUUUCCCUGCAACACGUUUUUGUUUCUUUUGCUAACUUUUGGCAAAACACUGUAAGCUCCAUGAGGUCAGGGACCACUUGACAGCCCUUAUCCCAGAGCCUUAGUGUGUGGGCUAAGGCACAAAAAAUAAGGAACUCUAAAGGUCGCCCCAGUGUUCGGUUCUUCCAUCCUCAGUGCCUGGCUCAGCAAGGGCGUGUGGCAAGUGAGGCCCAGAGCCAAAACCACCAUGAAAAGUCCUAAUUCCACUUGGCUAUGGCGGAUUUCCAGCCCUUGAGUCUGAUUGUGCCUGGGCAACGGUCUCCUAGGAGACAGGAAACAGAGGGCGGAGCCCCAGAGGGCGCCUGGGCGGAGCCGCACACUGGGGUGCCGGGAGUGAUCCUGGCGAAAGGCGCAUGCAGGCCCUCAGCGCGGCUCUUUUCCUGAACGCGGGGCAGCUUGGGCCUGCAGCCGCCUGUUACAACCAGGAAGACGGCUCGGAGUGCAGCUGGCGCGGGAGGCCGCAGCCACCCGAGCUCUGCACCAGUUCCCCUUCCCGGUGGCUCUUCCCGGAGUUCCGCCCGCCGAGGAGGCUACAAUGGCCCGGGCCCGCCUCCGCCAGGCCCGAGGUGGCGCACUACGGCGGCAGCCGUGGGGAUUGCAGCCCAUUGCCUGUGCGCCACCUAAGCAGCGCCCACGAGUUCGUGCCGGGUGCCCAGGGCACUGCAAAUCCCUACCCCGUCUGCUCCCUGCUCCCCACGACCCUGGAUGAGCCCCUGCCUGAUGUCCCGCCCCCGCCUGAUGAUUCCCUUGUCCUUUGGCGAGGAUUCUCCAAGGGACCUCACUCCAUGGGCCGACUCAGAAACGCCAAAAUCCACGUAGAGAGAGCCGUCAAGCAGAAGAAGAUCUUCAUGAUUCAUGGCCGCUACCCAGUGAUCCGGUGUCUAUUGCGCCAGAGGGGAUGGGUAGAAAAAAAGAUGGUCCCUCCCCAAGGCACCACCCUGCCACCACCCCCGAAGGAUCUAGACAGUUUGGUGAUGGGUGAUAGUGAUGCCACAGAGGAUGAGGAUGAAGAGGAAAACGAGGAGUUUCGGGAGCCACAGCUGUUGGACUUCGAUGGGUUUCUGGAACUUGAUGACCUGGAUGGGGUACACGCUUUGAUGUCCCGCAUGGUUCGGAAUGAGACCCCCUACCUCAUCUGGACCACUCGGAGAGAUGUGCUGGAUUGUCGCUUCCUCUCCAAGGAUCAGAUGAUAAACCAUUAUGCCCAUGCAGGCUCCUUUACUACAAAGGUGGGCCUGUGUCUCAACCUCCGGAAUCUGCCUUGGUUUGACGAGGCUGAUGCUGACUCCUUCUUCCCCCGAUGCUAUCGCCUGGGAGCAGAGGAUGACAAGAAAGCCUUCAUAGAGGACUUCCGGCUGACUGCGGCCCGCAACGUUCUCAAGCUGGUGGUGAAGUCGGAAGCGAAGCCAUACUCCACCUCCAUCCAGGCAAGAGAGGAAGAGGUCUUAGAAAACCCACUGCCCAAGAAACAGGAAAAAAAGGCAGUGAUGGUGUCCCCAGAGUUUGUGGACGAGGCUCUGAGUGCGUGCGAGGAGCACCUUAGCAGCAUGGCCCACAAGGACAUCGACAAGGACCCGGAUGCCCCGCUGUACUUGAGCCCUGAUGGUUGGUCCUUCUUCCUGCACCGCUACUACCAAGUAGUCCAUGAAGGGGCAGAACUCAGACACCUAGAGGCCCAGAUCCAUCGCUGUGAAGACAUUCUACAGCAGCUUCAGGCCGUGGUACCCCAGAUUGACAUGGAGGGGGAUCGAAACAUCUGGAUUGUGAAGCCAGGAGCCAAGUCCCGAGGCCGAGGUAUUAUGUGCAUGGACCACCUGGAGGAGAUGCUGAAGCUGGUGGACUGCAACCCCAUGCUCAUGAAGGACGGCAAGUGGAUUGUGCAGAAGUACAUCGAGCGACCACUGCUCAUCUUUGGCACCAAGUUUGACCUGAGACAGUGGUUCCUGGUGACGGACUGGAACCCACUCACCGUGUGGUUCUACCGAGACAGCUACAUCCGCUUCUCCACACAGCCCUUCUCCCUGAAGAACCUGGACAACUCCGUGCACCUGUGUAACAACUCCAUCCAGAAACACCUGGAGGCCUCCUGUCACCGGCACCCCAUGCUGCCCCCCGACAACAUGUGGUCCAGCCAAAGGUUUCAGGCCCACUUGCAGGAGCUGGGCGCCCCAAAUGCCUGGGCUAGCGUUAUUGUACCUGGCAUGAAGGCUGCUGUGAUCCACGCCCUGCAGACCUCCCAAGACACCGUGCAGUGCCGGAAGGCCAGCUUCGAGCUCUAUGGGGCCGACUUUGUGUUUGGGGAAGACUUCCGGCCCUGGUUGAUUGAGAUCAACGCCAGCCCCACCAUGGCACCUUCCACCGCGGUCACGGCCCGCCUCUGUGCAGGGGUGCAAGCGGACACCCUGCGUGUGGUCAUUGACCGGCGGCUGGACCGCACCUGUGACACAGGAGCCUUUGAGCUCAUCUAUAAGCAGCCUGCUGUGGAGGUGCCCCAGUACGUGGGGAUCCGGCUCCUGGUGGAGGGCUCUACCAUCAAGAAGCCCAUGGCAGUGGGUCAUCGGCGGACAGGGGUCCGCUCAUCACUCCCUCAUCUGCCGACCCAGCAAGGCUCUGGGGAAGGCAAGGACUCAGGAUCCCCUACCCACAGGUCAGCCUCUAGGAAGGACGUUGGGGCCAGGAGCCUGGGACACACUGAGAAGCCAGACUCUACUGUCACCACCUCGGUCCCCGGAAAGGGGAAGAAAGACCCUCCCCACUUCCCUAGUCUCCAUUCCAAGGCCUGGCUGCCUUCUCCCUGCGUGCUCCGACCCCAGGGCCGGGUCCUCAGACUGCAGCAUGGCCAGCUGGUGGGCUCUAAGGCUCUGUCAACCACAGGCAAGGCCUUGAUGACUCUACCUACUGCCAAGGUUCUGAUGUCCUUCCCACCUCACCCUGAUCUCAAGCUGGCACCCAGCAUGCUGAAGUCAGGACAGGUGGGCCUCGAGCUGGGCCUCACACCCUGGCGGGUAGUGCUGAGCAGUGGGAUCGGGGCUGAAGGGCACAGACAGAGGGCAUCGCCCAGACAAUACAGUGCCCCAGGGAAGGGCUUAUCCUGCCCAGAACCCUGUCCCAAGACAGAGGCCUGAUCAUCUCUCUCUCCCUCCCCUCCUUUACACCGAGGCUGCUAUUCCCCGGCACCUUGGAGGCCCCCACUUUGGAAGUGCCUUGUGGCCAAUGCCCUUUGGAGUUGGACCUCUUCCUAGCACCCACAGGAAAGUCAAGGCCAAAGGCAAGUUCAAGGCCAGACUCUGCGACAAACCCAGGGCUGAGGCCUACCCCGAGAAGAGGCUGAGCCUCCCCAAACCCUUGACCCUUAUUUUGACAUGCCGGACACGGAGGAU